AUGUUUAAACUAAUAAGACCUUCAAGUAUAUUACUUGGGUUUAAAAACUAUGUGAAACCAAGUUUGGUUACCCGUUCCAAACCAUUUUUGCAAAAUCAAUUCAUUCUUAGAAGAUCAACUAGUCAAAUUAGAUAUAACGGUAUUCAAUGGGAUAAAUUAUAUAAACCAGCAUUGUUUACAGUUGGAUUUUGUAUAUCAACAACAAUCUUGGUUCCUCCUUUAUUCAAAUACACCCCUUUGUCGGUGUUCAAAAUGAACCCAAAUCUCAUGAUAUAUUCAAUAAUUGGUAUUAACUGUUUUAUUUGUUAUUUAUGGAGACAACCUAAGUAUGUGAAUUUCCUAACUAAAUAUUUCUUACUUGUUAAACAUCAAGUGGCUUCCCAAUGGUCUUUAAUUGGUUCUGCAUUUUCCCAUCAAUCAAUCAGUCAUUUAGGUUUUAAUAUGUUAAUGUUAUUUUCUUUUGGACCAACUAUUUGUUCUUUGAUUGGAGUUUCAAAUUUUGUUGUUGCUUAUUUAAAUUCUGCUGCUAUUUCUUCUUUUUUCUCUAUUUUGAUUCCAACUAUUUUAAAACGUAAUCUUUUCGUUGGUUCUUUAGGUGCUUCCGGUUCUUUAUUUUCUUUAUUUGGUAUAUUAGCUUAUUUAUUACCAAAAACCCCAAUUGCUGUUUUUUUCGUUCCGGUUCCUGGUGGAGCUUGGAUCUUCUUUUUAAUUUCAAUCAUUGCCAACAUUGGUGGUUUGGUUUUAAGACGGGGUUCUUUUGAAUUCUCCGGUCAUCUUGGUGGUUCUUUGGCUGGUCUCCUUUAUGGUUGGUAUUACAAACAAAAUUAUGAUCGUAUAAGUAGACAACGUAGAAGAGCUACUUAUUUUUAAGGCUCCUGGUUUCCCUUGUAAAUAGUUUCAGAAAUA